AUGGCGUGCUUUAGACCCUCGCCGCUGCUUCUUGCUGGCGUGCUCCGGCGCUCGGCGACGCGCUGGCACAGGCUGAACAGGGUGUUGCACGAUCGGCAGCCGCCAUGGAACCCCCUGCAGAGGCUGCAGCUGCCGAUGCGGAAAACUGUGGAGGGUUUGUCGACGCUUGAUGGCACAUUAGACAUCGUCGGCUACCAGCUAUUCCGUGACGGGUUGCUGUUGCCGCCGCUCUCCUCUUUCCGCACGUAUCAGCAGCAGCAGCAGCAGAAAAUGAUUACAAACGCUCUGGCAGACACCCGGAAGGCGCCGAAGGAGCGUACUCAGGCGGAGUCUCGCAUGUGUAAGCAUGGUGUAGUGCUGCGGCGGAGCAUCAAGGAGACGUACCUCACUAUUGGCUGCGAUGAGGCUGGAAGAGGGCCGCUGGCAGGCCCGGUGGUGGGCGCCGCCGUGUGUCGCAUUCCACUCUCUAGCUUUAACAAUGAACUGAGCGCCGUGUAUGACGCGCGGGAGGAGUUCCAGAUCUUUGAUAGUAAGUCCUUGUCCGAGGGACAGCGCAAUGUGGUUUUCCAGAACAUUACAGGUUACGAGACGCUAUUUGAUUUAGUCGCGGACAAGGCGUUUGUGGUGCAUCACGCAAGUGGUGACGCUGCGCCGGACAACGUCCUGACAAAGCGGUUCCCGUCCCACAUCAAGCUGCAGAAGCUUCCAUUCAAGAAACUCCUGUCAAUGCAGACGCCGUAUUUAAUCUCAUACCAUGGCCAAAACGUAUGUGGGAAUUAUUUAUACUUGUGGGCGAUUGGUAUGGCGAAUCACGCGUAUAUAGAUAUGGCCAACAUUUAUGUGUCUUCCAUGCGCACAAUGCACCGCUCCUGCUUUGCUAUUUGGCGCAUGUUGAAUGAUACGCGCUUUUCCCUUGAAAGGGCGCCGCGGCCGAAGCAUUGCUCCAUCGCACAAUACCUCUUUUCGCGCUACUGCGUCGCUGCCCCCCACGACUAUCAAAAACGUUAUGUGGUCCCGUCGCACGUUGAGCUUGUGCGGGGGGCGACAGAUUUUUUUGAUAUGGAGCCAGUGCAGCCGCCCCUGGUUCUGGUCGACGGACACGCUGCCCCCGAGGAGACACUAAAUUUUUUUACCGACAUCCAAACCGGCGGGUGCGUGCAACCCAUCAUUGAGGGUGACAAGCGGAGCUUGACAAUAGCUGCGGCCUCGUGCCUUGCGAAGGUGGCACGCGAUGACGUCAUGAACUACGUGAGCACGCUGUAUCCCAGGUACCAGUUUGCGGAGAACAAGGGCUACCCCGUGGAGUGCCACAUGCGUGCCGUGCAGCGAUACGGGGUCUCCUCCAUUCACCGUAAGUCGUACAAGCCGUGUGCGGCAGCCAUCACAAAGCAGCUGAAGCGCAAGGCGAAGGAGUCCCAGACAUGCAGCUAA